UUGCCGGGCGGACCGCGGGAACGCGCUCCGGGGGGUGGGGACGCGAGCUCACGACUGCUCAAUGACAAAUCGAGUCGGAACAGCUGGGGUCCGGCCCCAGGACGGGGCGGGGCGCGCGUGAGAACGGCGAGUCUGUUUGUGCGCACGGCCAGAGCCGCGGUGGGACGGGUCCCCCAGCUCUCCAUCUGGGCUGACUGUCCAAGUGUCAUCGCCUCAGACCAGCAGGAUGGCCGCCAACAAGGGCAAGAGCCAGGGCUCCCUGGCACUUCACAAGGUCAUCAUGGUUGGCAGUGGAGGGGUCGGCAAGUCGGCGCUGACGCUCCAGUUCAUGUAUGACGAGUUUGUAGAAGACUAUGAACCCACCAAAGCCGACAGUUACAGGAAGAAGGUGGUCCUGGACGGAGAAGAGGUCCAGAUAGACAUUCUGGACACAGCCGGCCAGGAGGACUAUGCGGCCAUCCGAGACAAUUACUUCCGAAGCGGGGAGGGCUUCCUGCUUGUGUUCUCCAUCACUGAGCAUGAGUCCUUCACUGCCACAGCUGAGUUCAGGGAACAGAUCCUCCGAGUUAAGGCCGAGGAAGAUAAAAUCCCACUAUUGGUCGUGGGCAACAAGUCUGACCUGGAGGAGCGGAGGCAGGUGCCCGUGGAUGAGGCCCGGGGCAAAGCGGAAGAGUGGGGUGUGCAGUACGUGGAGACCUCAGCGAAGACCCGUGCCAAUGUGGAUAAGGUCUUCUUUGAUCUCAUGAGAGAAAUCCGAGCAAAGAAGAUGUCGGAAAACAAGGACAAGAACGGCAGGAAGAGCAGCAAGAGCAAGAAGAGUUUCAGAGAGCGGUGCUGCUUGCUGUGAGCCGU